UUACUUAGUACCACUCAUAAUUUGCGUUGCGGUCUUUUUAUUGGAAGAAAACAACAGUUUUAUUCAUUUGUUAGAAUACAGUUGGAAUUAUAAAAUCGCUCGGACUAACGCAGCUGAACGAUGAAUAGAUGCAUCCUAUUACUAAGCCUGCUGGGUUUACUACUCCCACUUGUUGUGGCUAAUGAGAAGCUGGUUCGUGUACCAAUCACCAAAAUCAAGUCGGCGCGUACCCAUUUCCAUGAAGUUGGCACCGAAUUGCAACAACUACGUAUAAAGUACAGUAGUGGAGGAGUUACACCAGAACCAUUAUCCAAUUAUUUGGAUGCCCAAUAUUAUGGGCCCAUUUCCAUUGGUACUCCGCCACAGAACUUCAAAGUUGUGUUCGACACUGGCUCUUCAAAUCUGUGGGUGCCUUCGAAAAAAUGUCAUAUUACAAAUAUUGCUUGCCUGAUGCACAACAAAUAUGAUGCCACCAAGUCGAAGACCUUCAAAGAGAAUGGUACUGAAUUCGCUAUACACUAUGGCUCUGGCAGUUUGUCUGGCUACUUAUCCGGUGAUACGGUUAAUAUUGGCGGUUUGGACAUAAAAGAUCAAGUUUUUGCUGAGGCUUUGAGCGAGCCUGGAUUGGUAUUUGUUGCAGCUAAAUUCGAUGGAAUUUUGGGUUUGGGUUACAGUUCGAUUUCUGUUGAUGGUGUAAAACCUCCAUUUUACAACAUGUACGAGCAGGGAUUGAUUUCGCAACCUGUGUUCUCAUUUUAUUUGAACCGAGAUCCAUCAGCUCCCGAAGGUGGUGAAAUUAUUUUCGGAGGUUCUGAUCCUAAUCAUUAUACAGGCGAUUUCACAUAUUUGCCGGUCACUCGCAAGGCAUAUUGGCAAAUUAAAAUGGAUUCGGCUUCAAUGGGCGAUUUGAAACUAUGCGAAGGUGGUUGCCAAGUUAUUGCUGAUACAGGAACCUCUCUCAUCGCUUUACCCCCCAACGAAGCAACGUCCAUUAAUAAGGCCCUAGGAGGUACGCCAAUAAUGGGUGGUCAAUAUAUGGUAUCUUGCGAUGCCAUUCCAAAGUUGCCUGUCAUUAAAUUCGUUCUUGGUGGAAAGACAUUCGAGCUUGAAGGAAAAGAUUACAUCCUGCGUGUGGCCCAAAUGGGAAAGACAAUUUGUUUGUCUGGCUUCAUGGGCAUUGAGAUUCCCCCUCCCAAUGGACCCCUAUGGAUUUUGGGUGAUGUUUUCAUUGGCAAGUACUAUACUGAAUUCGAUAUGGGUAAUGACCGCGUUGGAUUUGCCAAUGCCAAAUAAGAUGUCUUUGUGAGUUUAAAAUUAACAUACAUAAUAUUUACCAAGUAUAUUUUUUUUUGUCCCAAAAAAAAAAUCAAACUCCCUUUGUUAUGAAGUGCUUUUUAUGUUAACGCUUCAAUAUAAUUGCCUUUGUGAACGAAACGAUGUGAAAUGUGCGAUAAAAGCGCAUAAUAAAUGAUUAAUUUUAUCAA